AUGUCGUCGCCAUUUGACCCCGAAACAUUUGGUUUACUUAUUCAAGACACAAUUCAUAAUAGUUAUGAAGCAUCUAGCUCUUGUAGUCCUGACAUUCGGCAACUCUUUAUUCAAGCACUUGGCUCAUCCCCGCCUAAAAGUUCUCAAGAGACCAUUGUUGCAACCAAGCAUUCGUUCUUUCAUACUAUAGAAAAUAAUCUGUUCGAAAUCACUAGUGAAGAAAUAUUAGAUACUUUUGUACCGAUGACUAGCAAUACCGUUACCGGCAAAGUUUUUUUAUUUACAUAUUAUCAGAAUCAUAAAAAUUACAAAAUAACCUGCGAAUUUAUUCCAUCCUCAAUGAUUGCUGAUGUGUUUAAUAAAAAAUUUUAUGGCAUUGAUACAAACUUGAGUGGGCAGCAACAACGACCAUUUGUGGAGUUUCCUAAUGAAUAUCAAGUCGACUUCGAAUUUUUUUUGAAACCAUAUUUAGAUAUUCAUCUGGCACAAUUUUUCAUUCAAAAUAAUCAAAGUGAUUUAUUCGAAUACUUAAACUAUGAAGAUGAAGAAGUUGAAGUAAACGACAAAAAAGAAGCAUAUCCGUGUAAAUGGACAAAAGAAAUUACUGAAGAAUUCCUUCGUAUUUUGAAGAAUAAGAUUCAAGAACUUGAAAGGUGUGGUUCCAUAUCAAAGAAUAUUUCAAAAAAACAUUGGCAAUUUGUAUCAAAAGAGUUGAAGGUCCUCAACAAAGCCCACAAUUAUACUGAUGAGCAAUGCGCC